CGAGUUUUUGCAAAAAAUCAAAUAGUAAAAUUUACCCGGCUUCUCUGGUAGUAACCUAUGUGUGUUACAUCGUGAAAAUACUCGCUGCUUUAUGUGAAAAACGAUCCAAGUCUAAGCCAACUGUGAAAAUGAGGCUCCGUUCCUCUAGGAAGUGCGAUAACAACAACAACAACUUAUUGAGUAAUUUUUUAGCGUCGUUCACGCAACAAGAAAUGAGUACUUCGAUAUUCGACACUCCACGGGCUGAAGGGACUAGCAAAAAUACUUCUAAAGUCAAACCUGCCAAAAAGAACAAAUCUAUUAGUAAGCAGGAAAUGAUUGAACGGGUACUUCAGGAGCAGAUAGAGGAGUUUGGUCAGGCACUUUCCAUUGAUCUGACAGAACCACCUGCGAAAAAUAAGAAUGCUAAGAAUACUUCGAAGUCAUCGACUAAGAGCAAUAAAUCCCAACAAAACGAUACAUCUCCAAAGAAUAAAAAGAAAAAAAAGCUGGGAUUAAAAAUUAAAUUGCAAGAUGUUAAAAAACACAAGCAAAAGCUACGAAAGAGCCUCAAUGCAUUGAACAACUCUAAAGCUCAUGGUGGAAUUCAUUCGGAACUUUUACUUGAAACUUCUCCCGAUACGGGAUCUUUCCGGAACAAUUCUAAUAACUUUUCGUCGACUACCCAGAAAUCAACGUCACCGAAAAAAAAUCGCAACCACACAAUGCCUUUGCCUAUCGACUUUACUCCUUCGCGGGUCUCCGUGAAACGGGAACCGGUAACUCCUGGUCCGUCGAGAGCAGUUCAGACCAAUUCAAGUGAUAGUGUCGAGGAAGGUCGAGAAAAAUUCGCUUGGGUUAUUCAUCCAGUUUCUAUAUCUGAUUUCAUGACUGACUAUUGGGAGAAGAAACCAUUGCUGGUACAACGAAACAACAACUCGUAUUACAGUGAACUUGUGUCACGAGCGAAAAUUGAUGAAAUGCUCCGGAGACAUAAUAUUGAAUAUACCAAAAACAUAGAUGUGACGUCUUAUAGAGAAGGUGAAAGAGAAACUCAUAAUCCAGAUGGAAGAGUUUUGCCUCCGGAAAUGUGGUCAUUCUAUGAGGAAGGUUGCAGCAUCCGUAUGCUCAAUCCACAGACGUAUUUACGCGGAAUAUACAGUCUGAAUGUCAAACUGCAAGAGUUUUUCCACUGCAUGACAGGCGCGAAUUUCUAUCUAACUCCGCCUAACAGUCAGGGAUUUGCGCCACACUACGACGAUAUCGAAGCAUUCGUUCUACAAGUGGAAGGCCGUAAGCACUGGAAGCUGUACAGUCCUCGAAGCACGAACGAAGUAUUACCACGUGUAUCUUCUGCAAAUUUCAAUCAAGAAGAAAUUGGGAUGCCUAUUUUAGAAGUGAUUUUGGAACCUGGUGAUUUGCUUUAUUUCCCUCGAGGAAUUAUUCAUCAAGCUUGCACCGUGCCGGGUCACCAUUCCCUUCACGUGACUAUGAGCGUGUAUCAAAAAAAUAGCUGGGCGGAUUUCCUGGAACUAUUUUUUCCGCAUGCUCUUGCACAAGCUGCUGAAAAUGAUCUCAGUCUACGCCAAGGCAUCCCACUUGAUCUUCAUCAGCAUUUUGGAAUUGUUUUUUCGGACAAUGAAACGCCCACACGGAAAGAAUUCGUAAGCCGAAUUAAGAAACUCGUCGAUAAAGUGUUUUCCGAAGCGGCAAUAGACACUGCGGUAGAUCAAAUGGCCAAACGUUUUCAGCAUGAUGCGCUACCUCCGCUUGUAGGUGAUAACGAGACCCGAAACACGGUCUAUGGAACUAACUUCGUUCACAAACCCGACGGUACAGUUUCGCAUCGAGUACCGUUUACCGAGCAGUCAACCAUUCGGCUUUUGCGUCGGAACAUCCUUCGACUAGUUAGUGAAGAAAACAAACUUCGCAUAUACUAUCAUACGGAUAACUCGCGAGAGUAUCACGAAUAUGAGCCCAACUACCUGCAGGUGGACGACGAUGCAGCUCUGGGUGUUGAAUUACUGGUCAAAGUGUACCCCCAGGAGAUUAGUAUCGAUGCUUUGCCAGUAGAAGAUAAGAUCGAGUUCGCUAAAAGCUUGUGGGAAAAAGGUCUCAUAGUUGUAAGUAGUGGCUAGGAUAGGUGUUUUUUCCGUUUUUUUUUUUAUAAUUUUCGGAUAUACAUCGCAUAGACUAGUCCGUUAUAAUGUGGAUCGAGUGAUUGUUAGACAUCAGUAAGCCUCAUCACAAAACGUUUCAUUAAAAUAUCUUUGUAUUCUUCGAACGAGCUCAGCUCAAUUAAAAGAAAUUUUAGCAACUUGUUUUGUUUAAGAUUCCUUUAAGUUAAUUCUUAAGAAAUCAAACAAUUACUACUUUGAACAUAAUUCUUUAAGUAAAUUACAAAGCAUUCGAUGAAAAAAAUGGAGUAGGAUGUUAAUAUCAGCGUUUUUCAAACACGUAUUUUUUAAAUCUUAUAGAGAUCAUUUAGGACAAUAAAACAGGAAACCCCCUUUUUAUAAUCUCAGCUCCACUACAUAAUUUUAUACUUCAGUGCACGUGUGAAUGUGUUGAAGUGCUCAAUAUUAGCGCGAUUUUCUUACACCCUUAAAAAAGUCACACAAGAAUGAGUAAGAUGCUACUCGCAUUGCGAAAAGCGGAACAACCCUGAAAAAGAGUACUCCACACUGAAAAAAAAGUGACCUGUUUUCCAUGGUCAUACGCUGAAAUAGCAACAACGACCAUUGUAUGAAAUACUAGAUAGAAACGACUACAACUGUUUGUAUUUAUGACAUUCCUGACAUCACGCUUAAAAAUAGUUACUCAAAAAUGAGUAAGAUCUCACUCAUCUACAGAAAAAGUGGAACAACUCUAAUUUAGAGUAACUCCAAAGUUACUCAAAUUUGAGUUCUUCCACUGGAAACGAUAUUUGGGUAAAAUCUACUCAUUUACUGAGUAAUACUUAAUUUGUACGUGUACCAAAAAUAGAGUAACUAUCACUCAAAUUUUGAGUGAAAUUUUAUUUCACAUAUACCAAAUUUGCAAAAAAAUUGCUCCUUUUCUGAGUGUAUUGUAUUAAAAUAUUAAGUAAUUGAACUCAAUACUAUAUCAAGUGGUGGUCGCUUGGAGUUGUGUGUCAAUCGCAAAUUAACAUACAUGUCAGUUAUGCUCAGGCACCAAUCAUACACUUAUUCCUCAUAAAUGACAUUUGAGCAUAUUCGUUUCCAUUCUAAAGCAAAACACGGAGUUUAUCAUUCCGGUUUUUGCAGACACAACACCGUUUGUGUUAAGCGACUCACCCUCGAAACACGCGAUCUCACUAACAAAAAAUACAACCUGUUGCUACAAAUGGUUAUUACAACUUUUAGACUGAUCUUGCGAAUAGUGACAAAAAAACGAGUUCUUGCGUUAAACUCAAAUUUAAAGUAGAAGUUACUCAAUAUCAUUGAUGAUAACUACUCAAUUUUUGACGUUUCCAUGUAUCAUUUGAAAAUGAGUAACUAGUACUCAAACUCUGAGUAACUUUUCCUAAGCGUGAUGGUCAUUCUGACAGUGACAGUCAAAACCACAAAUAAUAAUCAGGCGAUACUAAGCCCUUGAAAAUUACCAAGCGGAAUAAUUAAUAAUGUUAUGGCGUUUUUGAUCUAAAAACACUGGUGGCGUGGAAUAACUCUGGUUUUCUUUUUUUUUUUUUUCAAUGAAAAAUGGCAUUAAAUUUGAUAAAUCUAUAGUUGGCUACACGAUUGUAUAGAUUAAAAAGGCUACACAUGCAAUGAGAAAAAAUCAGUAAGUAUUUGUAUUUAUGAUUUUCUGAGAAUGGUUGUCAACUUUAAAUCACAUUUUCAAGUAAGGUGAAAUUGUUCUCGAGCUUUGAUACAUUUGAGAAGCGAAAUAGUUAUUGCUACCUGAGCAUAAAAUUGUCACGCAUUUUCAAUAAAACAAUUUUAAACAUAGUUAACUAGACGAUUGUGAAGUUUGAAAACACUUCAUAUUAACCAUAUCAACAGAAUUUCUGUAGUAAACACAUUAUCGUAUAGUGGUUUUCAACUGACCGACGACACGACCUGCCACUCGUCUAUCAAAACUAUAUCGUAAAUUUAACUACCCCUCAGUAACUGGAAAUGUCAAAUCGAAAACGCUAGUGAAUUUUUUUAAACUGGCAUCACAAGUUGAUAUAUUUAUUGAUUUUGAAUAACAGUCACCAUAACCAUGGUUACUGCAUAUCGAAGGCAAGAUGAAUGUAAACAAAAUAAAUUUCAGAUCGGUUAUUAUAUUACGGAACAUUUUAAUGGAUUUACCUGCCUCGAGCGUAAUGUAAAAAUUGAAGAGUAUGAGUUAUGUCUUUUAUAAAGCCAAGUUCAAAAUUCAGGUCUUAGGGACAUUGGGAUGCAUAAUUCACUGCUGACUUGAAACCGUUGUGUGAUAACAGCUCAGCGCAAACCAACGAGGAAGACAUGGAAAUGACCGACAACGAGCUGAGCGAGGCUAGUGCUCUGCGGUACCUGCAUAACGUACGGUAAAAUGAUUUCUUUGUGGAAUUCCACUAGUAAUCCUCGAAUAGUGGCCAACAAGGUGAAAUACUGUUUCCACUGCUGCGCAAUCAAUCGACACAAAACAAUUUUGACACCGGCAUAUUACACCGAAUCCUACUGUCCAGAAAAGCUAGCAGUUAAAGUGUACGGAUGAAUCGCUGGAAGCAGAUCAUUGUCCUCGUUCGUUGGUUUCAUCCAUAGUUUCGAUUAAAUUCCGAAAAUCGAGUUCAUUUAAAUGCAUUUCUGGUUAAUUUGGACAAAGUUUAACACUAAUAGAACUGUUCCACCGCUUUCAAAACAUGUUUAUUUGUUUUGGGGUUCCUUGGUAACUUGUCCAUAGCAACUUAAACAGUGUUGCUCGAGAAGAUUAUUUUUAUCAUUUACAAGGGGUCGCUAGAUUUGUGGUAACUGGCGGUGAAUCGUUAGCGAACAGCUUUAAUGCAGAUUUUUCUUCGGAGUGCCUGGUCGUGUCGUCGAACUGACUAUGUAUUCCAUUUGUGCUGCCUAUCCAAAUUGUCAAUGAAUGCAUCUUGAUUAGUCUUGCCUUACAAGUUUCCGUGGUAGAGUCUUACAAGUCUCCGUCAUUGAAAUUGAAUUUUUCAACAAUUUCGUCGACAACGGCUUUUUCAGUGAAUUUGCGUCUUUAUACAAAUUGACGGAUCAGAUGUUUUUAUCGAUUGCUAGAGAAACAACAUCGAGCGAAUGAUCAUCCGCUUCCCGGAUUCAAAUAGUUCAAUUCCGACGGAAAAAGUACAGGAUAUCGCUGGUGAAUAUCGGGGUUUGCAUCUUGACUAUUAAUUU